GGUACAUUGGCGCUCGCGGACUCUGAAAGUGGUUUGGCGAAGGACCACCAUCUUUGUGGUAUCCACCCGUCGAACUCAUGUCGUAGAUGACCCCCUGUGCGAACAGUGGUCUCUUGUCUUUCUCAAGGUUCUUCUGCAUUGUCGUCGUCGUCGUCUUCUUAUGAGAUGAGAGUGGUUCUGUAUUGCUUCACCUUAUGCGCUGCAAAAAAACCCACUAAUGUGCCGCCAUUUUUGUGUAUGGCGCGACACCUGUAACAAAAUUUUCUAUUCUCUCGUACACUGUAAAGUGUCGGUUUAGCAAGGCGUUGUUGCUCACGCUGCUUUCCGUGCUUUUAUGCUCCUCCAAGGUGAUUUACUCUUAAAUGUGAGCGCCAUUGCGGUGGUGUAACCCCCAACGGACCCCCCCUUGAGACUUGCCCCCACCUUUAUCUCUUGUGGCAAAAAGCAAAGCCGUUCUUAACUUCUUUUUAUUUCCAUGUUUACACUGCUUUCCGAAUCGAAGAUUGUUUUCCGCGUGCUCUCUGCACGAUCAUCAUCGUCAUCAUCUCUUCCUCCUCGUCAACUGUCUUGUCUUGUGUAUGUGAGAAAAUGGAAAAGUAUCGCCAGAGGUACGAAAGUGAUGAGCAUUGGGCUUUGCGGCGAAGCUUUAUAGAGCGUCAUUACGGGAGCAUGCCUGAAAACAAGCUGCUGUGUCUCGCCCAAGUCUUCGCAAACGUGGAGAUCUUGGGAUGCCGAUAUCCUGAAGACGUAAUGCUACGUGUACAACGGCUCGCGGGAAGCUCCAAAGAUUGCGCACCCUUUGAACGGAUGACAUUCGUUAAAGAACGCGAAAGCAGUGAGCCAUCAACGCCUCCUAAUGAUAAAGCCAUCCGUCGAAAACGGAAUGGUGAGAGCACGUGUGAACCGGCCGUUAAACGUACACCACAUUCCGAGCAGCCAAGUAAGUUGAGCAGCUUAGGUGAGCUGAUAAAGCGGGGAACUCUACCUGGUGCAAACAUUGUAGAGAAGUUUUAUCUCGCAGCGCAGAAAGUGCGCGUGACAGUAAUGUGCGAUAUAAAAGAGCUUUGCGGGCGGUUCACCUGUAAGCUGUCUUUGGAUGGCGUAGAUGUGGCAGAAGGGAGUGGAAGCAGAAAGAAAGUGGCCAAGACGAACGCAAUCCAAGCUGCCUGGGAACAGCUCCAAGAUCGCACGAAAAUUACUACCCAUGAAAUAACGGAUCAGCAGGAUGGAACGAGGCGAGAAGAAUGUUUGGACAAUAUUAGGCUUCACUUUCCAAACUUUGUUAUCGUCGAAAAUAGUAAGGAGACAUCUGCACUGAACGUGCUCAGUAUGUCGUCCUCCCUUAACAAGGCCAAGUGCAUGGUAAAGAGUGAAGAGGGCGAUGGAUGCAGAGUUGGAUUUCUCUACAUUAAUGGUGUAGUGAUUGGUAGAGGAAGCGGCGAAAACAGCAAGGUGGCCAAAACAGAAGCGGCUAAAAAUGCACUAUGCCUGCUACGGAAACUUCGACCGACAAUACGGAUUAAACAGCUCGACAGUUGUUCUGGAGAGGAACUAACCAAAGAAAUGGUUUCUGAGAGCAGCCACCAGGAGGAAGAGAAAAACGUCAAGAUAGCGGAUGACAAUGUCGGCUUCAAGUUGCUCAAAUUAAUGGGAUGGUCCGGUGGUGGGAUGGGAAAAGAAGAGUCUGGUAUCAUAGACCCCAUUGUGCCAAAGGAAACUAUCCGCAGAGCGGGACUCGGCUUCCAGGCAAACAAGCGACGAGUCGUAGAAGAAACUAAUGGUGGAGUGAGUGUUACUUUCAAGAAGAAGGUAACAAACGUGGUCCGUGAAUUUGCAAAGACUGUUGCGUUGAAGGAUCUGGUCUUCUCUCCGGAGUUUGACUCGGAAGAGCGCAAGUACAUACACAGCGUUGCCAACCGGUUCGGUUUGAAGAGCGUCAGUCGCAACGGACCCGAGGGACGCUUUUUGACGCUUAGGCACAAGUUUACCGCUCAAGCUCUUCUGGAGAAGCUUCUGGAGUUGGGGUCAACAGAGAAGUACCAAGUCAUACUGCCUCAAGUUGGUGCUUAGACAGCCAAACGGGAUUCAGUGUGAAGAUUAAACUUUGAAGGUUGGCACGGAAGGUUGAAAGAAAAUUGCAUUUGCUGCAGCAGCGGCAGAUUGUGCUGAAUGUUUCUUAAAAUGGUUCACCUCAUUGGGAUAAGGUAUUAUGUCAUGAGUGAUAAAAUUGUGGAUGAGUGUUAGUGAAAAGACACAAUAGACAUCCAUAACAGUGACAUACUAUGUGUGUGCAGAUAAACCUAACUGGCAUUUGCGCACAUAG